AUGCUAAUUCACAUCAACAUUGGCACUAUAGGUCAUGUGGAUCACGGAAAAACGACGCUAACCUCUGCUCUGACGAGGGUCAGUGCCUCACUGGGACUGGCCAAGUACAGAGAUUUCGAGUCCAUUGACAAGGCGCCCGAAGAGCAGCUACGCGGUGUCACCAUUAAUGCCAGCCAUGUGGAGUACUUUACGAAGAAGCGGCACUACGCCCACACCGACUGUCCGGGACAUCAGGAUUACGUGAAAAACAUGAUCUGCGGGACAUCACAGAUGGAUGGAGCCAUUCUAGUUGUGGCGGCCAGUGAAGGGCAAAUGCCCCAAACGCGAGAGCAUCUGAUGUUGAGCAAGCAAGUAGGCGUCGAUAAGGUGGUCGUCUACGUGAACAAGUGUGACCUAGUAGACGAUGAAAUCAAGGAGUUGGUGGAGAUGGAGAUUCGAGAUCUGCUCACUACGCUCAACUUUGACGGCGACAAUACUCCUUUUGUCUUUGGAUCUGCGCUCUUGGCACUGAGCGAAAAAGAGAGCGAACCGUCAGAGAAUGGAAUCAAGUCAAUCACCACUCUGCUGGACACUCUGGACAACUACAUUACUGUGCCUGAGCGAGACCUGUCGUCGUCAUUUUCAAUGUCAAUUGAAAGUAGUAUUUCGAUUCAGGGCAGAGGAACUGUGGUCAUUGGAACGCUGAACAGUGGUGAGGUGAAGAAGGGCGACCAGGCGGAGAUACUUGGCUGGGGCAAGAAGCUCAAGACGGUCGUCAGUGACAUUCAAAUGUUCGGUCGAGGAGUGCCCAAGUGCCGAGCAGGAGAUCACGUGGGACUGCUGUGUCGCGGCAUCAAACAGGCCACUCUGGAGCGAGGCAUGCUGAUCUGUCAGCCUGGUUCACUUAAUCUGGAGAAUCGAUUUGUCGCCGAUUUGUACUUGCGCUCCAAAGAGGAGGGUGGUCGCCCGAAGCCCAUCUCCAACAAGUUCAUACAGCAAAUCUUUUCGCAAACCUGGUCCGGUGGCUCUCGUAUUGACGUGCCCGAUGAGUUUGGCGGCAUUCUGAUGCCCGGUGAUCACGGCAAAGUGCACGUGACGCUGCAGUUUGGAAUGCCCCUCAAAAUUGGCCAAAAGUUCACCAUUCGCGAGAACAACAAGACUAUUGCGUCGGGAAUCAUCACCGAGUUCUUGCCCAAGCUGGGCGAAAGCGCCAUCAGCAACCUUGGUCUGCUUGACUUGCCAUAUGGCAAACUGACGGACGCAAAAAA